AUUUCUUCAAAAAUUUCAGUUUACUAUAAAACCCUUUUUGUUUGAAGUCUCUUUGAUAAUAAUAAUAAUGUUAAUAUAAAUAAAAUAAUAAUUCAAAUAUUGUUUUCAUGAGUAACAUAAACUUGAAAUUAAUGCAUAUGGUUUACUAAAACAUUGAAACAUUAAUAACUGCACAAAUUAUUAAAAUUGAAAUUUUGCGAUAUAUUAACGAUAACCAAAGUUCUUUAUUAUAUAUACACAACGUAUACGUUAAAAAUUGACCUAAUACAAUUACUUAACCAAAUAGUUGGUUAGUAAACAUUGUAAUAAACAAUGUUCUAUAAUAAUAAGCAACGUUGAGGCUUUCUUAAUGUUUCGUAUACAUUAAGAUCUCUUGAUAAUCAAUGCACCCUGCACCUCCGAGGGUAGGCUAUAACCCUGCUUAUAUCAUAUGUACCGCACGUAUGUACAUUAUUCGGCGCCUCGAUGAUAGCGUUAUUAUAGUGUCUACUCGCUCGCAAAUUAUCUUGGCGAUAUUACGCUAGGGAGUGAUAAUAGCUUAUACAAAGCUAGCUUGAACUUCCGUUGUGUUUUGUUCAUGUUUCUUAAACAUGGAGGGAAAGAUAACGCUGGAUAAGGUAAUCGUCUUUCUGAAGGUAUACUUGACGUUCGCUUGCUGUUGGCCUCUUCCAUCAAACGCGACCAAGUCCCAGAGACUCGUUCGCAGUGCCUUCCAGUGCAUCUGUCUGACGAAUUCAAUAGUUUUUGUCAUUGCGGCGAUAUGGACACUCUGUAAAUACAGUGACAAUGCGCUUAUGGUGAUGAAAUUAGGAUGUCAAUUGAGUGCCAUUGUGCAAAUUCCAUUACAAAUGAUACUAUUCGCGAUGCAAAACAAACGUUUGCAGUUUAUCGUUUUGGAAAUGGAGAAUUAUUAUCAGCAAGCCCAAGAAUAUGAAAAAAAAAUUUUCCAACUGUAUGUCGACAAAUGCAAACCAUUUUAUGGUAGCAUUCUUUGUUGGUUGGCAAUGACAGGCAUCAGUGUUAUAUUUACACCUUUAUUUUCGUCACAAUCCUUUCCGAGUGAAGCGGAGUAUCCAUUCGACAUGGAAUCUCAACCAUUGAAAACUAUCAUUUAUGCGCAUCAUAUAUUAAUCGCUUAUCAAAGUGUAAUACAAGUUAGCACCAAUACCUUUCCCGCUCUUCUACUUUGGUUCGUAGCCGCCAGGUUCGACAUUUUGUCCGUUCAAUUUCGUACGAUGACAAAUAUAAAAGAGCUGAUGAAAUACACACACGAACAUAGGCUAUUACUUAGAUAUGCAAGAGAAGUGACGCGUGCAAUUCGUUACGUAGCGUUAUUAUGCGUGACUUUCAGUACCGGCGCGGUAAUAUUCGGUUAUCUUACUUUUAUGAGUCAUGCCCCAUUGUCAGUGAAAUCGACAUUUCUUAUGAUAGCUUUUUGUGGCUUUGUGGAACUCUAUAUGUAUGCCUGGCCAGCUGACAACGUAAUGAGCACGAGUAGCGACAUAGCGUCUGCCGUCUAUGAAUCAUUGUGGUAUAAUAAUGAUCUAAUUAAAACGCGAAAGAUUUUGAUAUAUAUCAUAUUAAGAAGUCAACGACCCGUCACCGUUUCAAUUCCAUGUGCGUUACCAAACUUGUCCAUGAAUUACUACGCAUCAUAUAUCUCGACAGUAUUCUCGUACAUGGCAUUUAUACGGGCCCACGUAAUAAUGAAUCAAGAGUAGAGAAAGAAUUAGAAAGGUAACAAAUUUAAGGUAAAAUUAUAUCAAAUUAUAUCUUUUUUCAAAUGCCUGUUAUGUAGAACUGUAAUGGUACAAUAAAUAUAUAUUUGUUACUAAUAGCGAUUUCGACUAAUAGCUGGAGCACACCGGUUGCACAUUUCUGGUGUCGGUGCAACUUUUGUGUUUGGCUAGUCAAAUAAUUCAGUUUCUUAAUGGUGCCGCGUGUUCGUCUAGACUCUCGAUGCACCUCACAAGUGCAUAUUGAGUGUACACGAAGUGGACCUGAGAAAACAGUCGGAGCCAGUUUGUGUGCCACCGAUAAGGUGGCACACCGAUGUGCCCCAGCCCCCAGCCGAAAUCGCUAUAAGAAUACUUAUACAUGAUAACCAUAUGAUAGAAAGAUUAGAGAUAUGCGAAUAGUUUAAGAAUAUCGAAUCAUCGAUGAUUCGAUGCGCCCAAUCAAAAUAUCAGAUCGCUGAAAUUUUGAUUGCUUUAUUUAUAUCUUUUGCGCUACCAAUCUUGUUUCAGCGCGUACUGUGCGUACUAUAGUACAUGAUAACGUUCGUGUCUGACUGGUUUCUGAAACUUUUAUAAUUUUUCUAUAGAUAUUUCAAAUUUUAUAAACUAUUUAAAAAUUUGUCCAGUAUUGUGUAAUGUUAGAUCGUCUUUAUAAAUUUAUUUCAAUAUCUCAUAGGUUUGUAUCAUACUUUAUUUAACAGAAUUUAGAACAAAAUUCGAUUGUAUUUUCAUUGUCCCAUUGUAUUUUCUUAAUGAAACGCGAUAAAGUAUUAUCAUUUCGAUAACAUUGUAAAUUGUGUAAAAUAUGUAUUCAAUUCUCAUUUAUCAAUGUAAUAUCUUUACACUUACCACUGUCUAGUAUCUAUUAUAAAUUUUUACUUAACACAUUAUUUUUUUGUAAUUAUUUUUUAAAAUUCUUACGAUUAAUAUUUUGGUUUGAUUAAAUUUUAUGUUAAAUGGAUCUGCACCGUCAUUGAAAACUUUAUUACAUUUAAAUUAGUAUAUAAAUCCGCGAGAAUUUAAUUCGAAUCAAAGAGAUUCGAUUCGAUUCGAUACGAUUUGAUAUGAUUUGACCUUAUAAAUAUAUCCUUGAUUCGCAUAUCUCUAAGAGAGAUCUCGUUACACACAUAAACAGUUAAAUUAUCAAUAAAAUUAUACGGCAUUUAUAAACAGCAAAUAUUAUUAAUUAAUUUUAUUUGUAACAAUUAAUAUUGUAAACUCUAACAUUAAUUCAUUCAGGUACAUUUCUCACUUUGUAUCUAUCAAGCAAAUUGGAACGCAUUGUAUGUAAAUACGAGUAUAAACAUAUAUGUUAUUGUGUAACUUCUAAGUUUGUCUGUCAUUAAAGAAAUAUAUAAUUUGACAUAAGAAUAAGUA